AUGAGGGGCGUCGCUAUAGGCAUUCAGGCAGACCCUGCCAUAUCCUCUCCUGUUGUUGGCGUACUCCGGGUAAUUAUUGAUAUUGGCUUGGAAUUCUCAAAGUUUUUCACAAGAUUGACUGAUAUGAUCUGCGAGUUUGAGGAUUAUCUCGGGCCACUGUCUGAACAUUCACAGGCAGCCGACAUUGAGCUUGUAGAACAUGCAGUUGUCAGUGUGUAUACAAACAUGCUCGAGUUUGGUUGGAAAGCACGUUCUGUUUUCAUUGGUUCCAAUGGAAAACGAAGGAGAUUCACCUCGUUUAGGGCAUUCAAACGGCAGCAUUGGGACACGUUUGAGACCGAAUUCAUGUCCAUGAAACAGCAGAUGCAACACCAUCUUCAUGUUCUUCAGCAUACUGUCCAGGCCACACACUUCAGUCAUUCCAGGAUAACUGCACAAAGUAGGUCUAGCCUCCUGUCUAUUGCUAGGACGGAAAGAAGAGAAUUUCUUUCAUGGGUCUCAGAUAUCGACUUCGAGGAGGUGCAUCAGACCACAUACACAAAAAAGCAUAGAGGCACUGGCGACUGGCUAACACGAGAGCCCAAGUUCCAAGAAUGGAUGCAAAGCCCGCAUUCAUCUCUAUUAUGGUGCAAUGGAAAGCCUGGUAUCGGAAAAUCUGUGCUCAGUUCGCAUGUCUUAGAACACAUCACGGCCGAAGCUGGAUUACGAGAAAGAACGGCCAUCUGCUUCGCCUACUACAAUUACCGUGAUACACGAUUGGCAAGCAUUACCACGAUCAUAGCCACAUUGAUCAAACAACUCUGUCAAGGCAUGCACGAUAUACCAGAGAAUCUACUCGAAAUCAUGCGCAACGCUCGCUCCCCAUCUCUGCUAGGCUCAAAAGAAUAUUUUUUCUCCCUCAUGGAGAAGUCUUCAGAAGUCUUCGUUGUUUUUGAUGCUCUCGAUGAGUGUCCAGAGGAGAGACGGGAGGAUGUCCUCGGCUUCAUCACUGAAGCGGUAACUAUGCCGGCCCCGCAUUGUGUAAAGAUAUUUGCCACCAGUCGGAGAGAGAUGGAUAUCACAGAAGCCUUUUUGAAAAAGAAUGUGCCAACAAUCCAAAUCUCGGCUGAUAGUGUUGCGGCCGAUAUUGAGACCUUUGCUCGCAGCAGAGUUGAAGAGCUUGGAUCUGGGCAGCAUGGAAAGACCCUCUACAUUACCAGCGAUGAUCUCAAGGAAGAAAUUAUUCAGACACUCGCUCAAAAGGCCGAAGGAAUAUUUCUUUGGGUCAACCUUCAGCUGGAAAAUCUUUGUCAAGCCAGCAAGGCUCAAAAUGAUGAAGUGGUGAAGGAAGCACUGCAUACACUUCCCCGGGACUUGCCGGACACCUACAUUCGAAUUCUGGAGCGGAUCGAAACUCAAUCUCCGUACAUGAGAGAUCUAGCAAUCAGAUGUCUAGCCUGGGUACUCUAUGCUCAGAGGCCCCUCGAAACCCAAGAAUUACAAACCGCCCUUGCAAUCAACUCGAAGUGUAAAACUCAAGAAGAUUUAAGACCCAUCUCCCUAAAAGUCAUUCUUGAAGCUUGUGGCAAUCUACUAGAAGAAGCCAAUAGAGUGACACGACCUAUCCACUACAUAGUACAGGAGUUUCUGACGACCGCUGUUCACGGGCCACUACAACAUAAGAUACGAAGACAGCUUCUUGACUCAAAAUCUUUGCACAAAAAUUUGAGUCUGGAUUGUCUUAUGUACAUUGAUCUGAUGUCGUUUAGCAAGCCAGCUAGUCACGAAUGGGAGCUUCUCGAACAAAUUCGAGAUCAUGAUCUCGCUAUAUAUGCAUAUACGAGCUUCGACUAUCACAUUUGGAAUUCUGUGGAGCCUUCUUCUGAUGCUACAAACAAACUGGGGAGACUUUUGCAGAAAGACAGUUCGUGUCUUGCAGCGUUGCUACAGAUAACACUCCUAUCGAACGACAGUACUCGCUGGGGCUCCACGGAAAGAUUUAGAAGAAUAGAUUUUCGGGUAACCCCUGCUACAAUCAUAUAUAGCACUAGGCUCUACAAUAUUCCCACCAUCAAACAACGCUGGGUAGGCCAAACGCCACCAAUAUAUGCUUUGCACCUUGCGGCCUCUGCAGGACUAGUCGAUGCAAUUAUCCGACUUUUAGAAGAGGGCAGUGAAAUUGACGAGAAGGACGGGGAUCAAUGUACCUCAAUGUAUUAUGCAUGCCAAAAUGGCCAUCUGGAUAUUGCUCAGAUACUCGUCAAUAAAGGCGCAGAUAUCCAUGCACGAGGCGGUUACUUUGAUAAUGCACUGCAGGUAGCUUCAUACCAAGGGCAUACGCAAAUAGUCCAGAUGCUACUCGACGCAGGUGCUGACGUUAAUCUCGAAGGUGGACUACAUAGCAGCGCGCUAUAG